CGUGGUUAAAGUUAACACGCAAGGACCGCCGCGUGCACGUCACUCAAUUGUUAUUAUUGCAGUAUCGAUUGUGAACGUUACGUUCAUCGGCCACUCUCACCCAUGACCGCACUAGAACAGUACAAAAUCCAACGAGAGGAACUCAUCAAGUUAGAUCGUAGCUUACGCCGUGAUCAUCAAGUUACGAGUCUAUCUGCAGCUGAAGCUGAAGCAGAUCAGAUCAUCCGAAAGAUUAGAGCUGCAGAAGCCACUUCAAUAUGGAGCCUCGACUAUCCCUCGAUUCCCCAUCCCUUUCCUGGAAUGGAGUUUUUGACAGGGCGGGAGAUCAUCGUGAAAACGAAAUUGUUUGAGAUAUUGAGUAGGAUGCCCAAGGGUGCACUUCUUCAUGCACACUUGGAUGGAAUGGUGAACGUGUCCAUCCUUCUAAAACUUGCUCUGAAGUACCCGUCGAUCCAUGUUCGCGCGCCGAAAUCCCUUACCACACAGAACAUCGACGCCGUCGCGCCAGAGUUUCUCCCACUUCCGAAGAAUGAAUACCCCAAGAGUGCCCUUGGUCUUACAGAGACAAGCUAUCAGCCCAACUCGUGGGUACCAAUCCAAGUGGCUCGAGAGCAGUUUCAUCCUGACCUAGGCGGACCGCAAGGGUUUGACCGCUGGGUGACUCGAGCGCUGACUAUCAACCCAAGCGAGGCUUAUGGAACGCAUAACACCAGUGUGAAGAUUUGGAAGAAGUUUGGGAGUACCUUCCUGGUUGGUGGGAAUUUGACGAGAUAUGCACCUAUUCUUGAGGAUUAUAUCAAAGAAUUCUUCCAUUCUUCCAUUGAGGAUGGCAUAUCAUACGUUGAACCCCGAGUGAACUUCAUGUCCAAGACCGUCAUUAUGGCCGACGGAACUCGCGUCCAUCAUCGGGAGUUGAUGGUCAUCUAUGACCGCGUUAUCAGAGAGGUCAAGGAAGAAAUGAAACGCAGAGGCAGGGAAGGAGAGUUCAUUGGGGCAAGAAUUAUAUACAGUACUGUGAGGUUCUGCGACAACAAAGAACUGGAGUGGUAUCUACAGGAUUGCAUCGCACUCAAGAAGGAAUUCCCUCAUCUGAUUGCUGGUUUUGACCUUGUGGGCCAUGAAGACGAACUUUAUCCUCUGAUUUACUACGCCGAAACCCUCCUACGCUUCCCUGCUAUGCAGAAAGAAGCUGGAGUUGAGAUACCAUUCAUCUUUCAUGCCGGAGAGACAUUGGGGGAUGGGACAGUGGCGGAUAUGAACCUUUACGACGCAAUCCUUAUGGGGACGAAAAGAAUCGGACAUGGGUUCUCCCUCGUCAAACACCCUGAACUUCUAAAAAUAUGUAAAGAACGCGAUAUUGCAGUGGAAGUCUGUCCUAUCUCCAACGAAAUUCUUAGACUUACGUCUUCAAUGCUCACUCACCCCCUCCCCAUCCUGCUCAACCAUGGUAUUCACGUUGCUCUAUGUUCUGACGAUCCGUCCGUCUUCGGUAACAUGGGCCUGACAUUCGAUUAUUUCCAAGUGUUGGUGGCAAGUGAGCAGACAGGUCUCAUCCAACUGGGGGAAAUGGCAAAGGAUAGUAUCAAGUAUUCUACACUCGAGGCUCACUUGAGAGAGGAGGCGUUAGGGCUAUGGCAAAAACAAUGGCACAAGUUCCUCGAAUAUGUUAUCGCGGUAGGAAAGGAAGCUCUCCCUAGUAAUUAGACAAUUCGACUACUUUGUGUGGAAAGUCUAAGUUUAAAGGAACUACUUAUACAACGUGUCGUCGAGUAAAUCAUACUUGAGACUCGAUUCACAAUACACAAGUAUCAAACCC